AUAACGUGUUGCAUAAGUUGCCAGGUGUCAAUCGUAUUGGAAUCUCUGCACACGAAAUAUUUUAAGAAAAAGGAGGAGUUGCCUGAAAGACCAGGCUGAGGACAAAAUAUGAGGAAGAGUACGGGUACCAGACCUAGUUUACAGCUAUAAACUGACCAGUGCAUCUGUAGUAUUGACAGACAGCUUUGAGCCAAAACGUUUUGUAGAUGUCAAAGAAACCGGAACUGAGAGGAAUCAUGUUUGAAAACUUCAGAGAAAGACUUCACAUGGUCCAGCAGGAUUUCACCACGGGAUUCAAGACCCUUGGAGACAAAUCCAGAGAACCCAAAAUCAGGAGGAAGCCCCGGUUGGAAGAAAGCCUUCCUCAUUUCAGCGCAGGACUGGACAUCCUCAGCAGGUAUGAGGAGAGCUGGUUUCUGCUCCAUAAAAGAACCAAAGACUGUGCUCAGACUGCAGAGGCAGUAGAUGGGGACAUAGUGAUGCUCUCAGCACACUGGGAGAAAAGAAGAACAGCUCUGACUCAAUUACAAGAACAGCUGCAAAGCUUGCCGACCUUCAUCAGUGAUCUAGACGCCAUCACUGCUAACAUAGCUCAUAUGGAAGGGGACUUUGAGGAGAUGGAGAGCCAAUUGAUCUACCUGGAGACUCUGUGUUGUCAAUGUGAACAGCAGAAGGUCAAACAACAUCAUGUCAACCAACUAGAAGUCUAUAAGAAAAAGAAAAGGAAGGAGAUGGAGGCGCUGGAAGUGGCACUGGGGGCCGAGCAUGCUCAGAAGGCGGCAGAAGUGGAGCAGGCCGCGCAGCAGAAACUGCGAGAACGACAGAAAGUCUACGAGGAGGCCUUCAACCAAGACAUGCAGCAGUACCUCUCCACUGGAUUCCUGCAGCACAGAGAUGGGACUAUAACCCACAUCACUUCAGAGCCAACAGAAGCUGAUGUGCGUGUUCUGGAUCAGAUGACAGUAACUAACAUAUCGGACCAGGAGGCUCUGGAUGUCUUUCUUAACUCCACUGGGGACGAUGACAUCAGCACGGGAUCAUCACUGACCUCAGGUCCAGACCUCGAGUCCUGCUCUUCUGAAUCUUCAAAAAGCCCAUCAACCCAAGCCCCUCCCACAACCAUCCAAGUGCCCAAUCAGGUCGCAGAGUAUGAAGAGGAAGAGGAAGUGGCCAGUGAGGAGAGCGAUGAGCCUCUGGUGCAGUCUGACGAAGAGGACGUCCAGCCGGACAUGUCGUUGGUCGGCUUACAGGAUGUUGGCACAAGAAGCGGCUCCGAUGAGAGCGACCCUGCAGGGGAACUAACAUCCGGGUAACCUAGCAACCAGGCCCUUAAACACUCACAAACACUAACCACUGUUACCCUCCUGGUCCCUCUUGAUUUGCCAUAUCUUUCCCACAUGGGCAGCUGGAAUAGGAAAAAAAUAGUAAUAUUCUGAUAUCAUUUUUUCCUUCACGAUUGCAAUAUCUGAACUUUUAGUUCAUGCAGUGCCAAUUACCGAUCAGAUAUUAGUGCAUUAAAAACAAAAAAGGUCCUAAGUGACUCUCAAAUACCAAUUUAAUGUUUUCAUACAACUGUAUUUGUUCAGGUUUCUCAGUAAGGACUACAAUUUAGGUUAUUAUAUCUGAACAUGCUAACAGCGCUAACAUUAACUAGCUCUCCUCCAGCCGAUCUCCACACAGAUUUGUUGUUUACAAUGUAGCGUUGUCGAAGAGAAAAUGGGGGUUAGUGCUACUUUGGGGGCGUGAUCGGGACGUGGGAAUCAGGUAGCAAUAACAGAAGUUAUAGUUGUUGGUGUUCAUCUGUUGCCUAAAUGAGAUGAUAACGUUGUGACCUUCGUACUUGCCAAUACCUGAUCCAACAUUUUAAGCAGUAUUGGAGGCAUCUUUGAUACUUUUAUCAAAAUUGAACAUGACCAAUGCCACAGCCAAAUAAUUCACAUGUACAGUAUCCUCUUACCUUUAGGUCCAGGCCAACUUAUGUGUACCUUGUUUAACUAUUAAAGUCCUCAAGAUAAA